AUGAGAAAUUACACAGAAGUAACCGAGUUUAUCCUUCUUGGAUUGACAAAUGAUCCACAGUGGCUGGUUGUACUGUUCCUAUUUCUUCUUGCUACCUACAUGCUGAGCGUGACUGGGAACCUGGUCAUCAUCACCCUCACCCUUUCAGAUCCCCAUCUGCAGACUCCAAUGUAUUUCUUCCCCUUCUCAUUCCUAGAAAUAUCAUUCACGUCUGUCUGCAUUCCCAGAUUCCUUGUCGUGAUCAUGACUGGAGACAGAACAAUUUCUUAUAACGGUUGUGUGGCUCAGCUGUUUUUCUUUAUCUUCUUGGUGACAGAAUUUUACCUCCUGGCUGCCAUGUACUAUGACUGCUAUGUGGCCAUCUGCAAACCUCUACAUUACACCACGAUCAUGAGCAGUAGUGUCUGUAUACUUCUUGUCUUUAGCUCCUGGCUUGCAGGAUUCCUGAUCAUCUUUCCACCAAUAAUCCUGGUGCUGCGAUUGGAUUUCUGUGCCUCCAAUAUAAUUGAUCAUUUCAUCUGUGAUGCUUCUCCCAUCCUGCAGCUUUCUGGCACGUGCACUCGCUUUCUAGAGCUCAUGGCAUUAUUUUUAGCUGUGGUAACACUCAUGGUCACUCUAACAUUGGUUAUUUUCUCCUACACAUAUAUUAUCCAGACAAUUCUGAGAAUUCCUUCCAAGAGUCAAAGGAACAAAGCCUUUUCCACGUGUUCCUCCCACAUGAUAGUUGUCUAUUAUGGCAGCUGCAUCCUCAUGUACAUUAAGCCUUCGGCAAGGGAAAGGGUGACUCUAAACAAAGGAGUUGCUGUGCUCAAUACCUCAGUGGCUCCUCAUUUGAAUCCUUUUAUAUACACAGGAAAUCAGCAAGUGCAGCAAGCCUUCAAGAGCAUGGUACAGAGAAUGGCCUUUUCUUCAAAUAAGUGA